AUGAGAGCUGUUACAAAACGUCAUUUCUCUGAAAAGGAAGAUACCAAGUUGUCAAAGCUUGUCAACAGAAUUGGAACUUCGAACUGGAAAAAGGUUUCUAAACAAAUGAAAGAUAGAACUGCAAGACAAUGUAAGGAUAGAUGGGAAAAGUUCUUAGCUCCUGAGUUAAACAGAGGUCCUUUCAAUACAGAUGAAGAUAAUUUGAUCCUAGAAAAAUAUGAACAAUUUGGACCUCAAUGGACAAAAAUAGCAUCAUUCUUAUCAAAAAGAUCAGACGUUGCAGUCAAGGCAAGACAUAAAUACCUUAUAAGACAUAAUAUCAAAAACACAAAUGAAAAAAUUAAUAUUUCGAAUGAUACGAAACAGGCUGAAGAUCUAAAGAACGUAAUGAUAGACAAUAGCCAGCUUGGAGAAUUGAGCAUGUUUGAUGAAUUUGCCUUUAAUUUAAACGAAGCUUUUGGUACCUUAAAUUUUGAUUUAUAA